GCGGUCCUACCGCUAGGGGGAGGUGUUUUGUUUCCAGUGGGUUGAAGUGGAAGAACCGAGACAUUAGCUUCGGUAGCGCCUCUCAGUGUUUACUCCUUAUUUAGCCGAGCUGUGGGACAGCUUCGAGUCAACACAAAGGGGCGAGCUUCCGCAUUCAAUGGCCGUGGGCUGACGCGCGCACCAUGCGGCACCAGUGGCUGCUCCUCGGGGCUUGUGGCUGGGUCCUGCUCGUCCUCAUGUUUGUCAGUAAAUUCAUCAGCUUAAAAACUGUCGAAGAUUACAGGAAGUCGCCUGUUCAAAGCUGGGCAGAGGGAGAUGCCAAGGUGGUGAAACCAGUUUCUGUGCAGAGCCCGGUGAAACAGACGGAGACGCCGUCACACCAGCCCUCUGGCGUGCCUACGGUGGCGGAGUGGCAGGCGGUGUCCGAGAAACGGAUCGAGCAUCUGUCCGCCGUGUGCAAGAACAGCAGCCUGAGGAAUUUGACUCGCGUCUCCAUCAGCAAGUUCGUCCUCGACCGCAUCUUUGUCUGUGACAAACGCAAGAUCUUGUUCUGCCAGACGCCUAAAGUGGGUAACACGCAGUGGAAGAAGGUCCUGAUCGUGCUCAACGGAGCUUUUCCCAGCGUGGAGGAGAUCCCGGAAAACCUCGUUCACGACCACGACAAAAACGGCCUGCCACGCCUCUCGUCAUUCUCACCGCAGGAAAUAACUGAGAGACUGAGCUCCUACUUCAAGUUCUUCAUCGUGAGAGACCCCUUCGAACGUCUCAUCUCCGCAUUCAAGGACAAGUUCGUGAAGAACCCCCGCUUCGAGCCCUGGUACAAGCACGACAUCGCCCCGGCCAUCAUACGCAAGUACCGCAAGAUCCACCGCGACAGCGACCUCGCCGCCUCCGGCCUGCACUUCGAGGACUUCGUCCGCUACCUGGGAGACGCCGAGGGCCGGCGGCGCAUGGACCGGCAGUUUGGCGAGCACAUCAUCCACUGGGUGACGUACGCGGAGCUGUGCGCGCCCUGCGAGAUAAACUACAGCGUGGUGGGGCACCACGAGACCCUGGAGCACGAUGCGCCGUACAUCCUGAACGCGGCGGGCAUCGAGCAGCUGGUGUCGUAUCCGGCCAUUCCUCCGGGCAUCACCCGCUACAACAGGACCAAGGUGGAGCACUACUUCUCAGGCAUCAGCAAACGGGACGUCAGGCGCCUUUAUGCACAAUACCAGGGCGACUUCCAGCUCUUUGGCUAUCCCACGCCCGAGUUUUUGCUGAACUGAAAUGAUUAGCACUGAUUAAAGUAACUGGACCAUGGCGCUGUGUGCCACAGGAACAGCAGACUUUGAAAGUUAACGCCUGCUUUUAUUCCCGUGGCUUUUUUUUAAUGCUGCCUAAGAUCGGUGUGUUUAUUUGAGAGUGUGAGCUACAUUGUCCUGUAAUCUGGACUGAAAAUGCAGAAUUAUCAAUAUCUAGGUGAAUCUGAAGGAAAAUGCUAAAUAUGCUGCUCACAAAACUUAAAGGAACACUUUUUUAAUGGAAGACUGACAUGAAAGUCGGUCAUUUAGCUGGUCUGGUGGUAAUGAUGUCUCUAUAGGGACAGGAAAAAUAGGAAUGGGGUUUUCAGUUGCAUUUUUCUGGACUGCUUUUCAGUAGUUUCAGCUUCUGGCCUGGUUCAGUCACUACCGGCGGCGUGAGGUGAUGCCUGGACCCUACAGAGGAUGCACAGGCAGUCCAACUCCACCAGGGGUGCCACAUCGAUACGUGCCACUGCCAGGAGGCUUCCUCUGUCUCCCAGCAGAGUCUCAAGCAUGGAGGAGAGUGUAAGGUCCUAAACCCAUUAGCAGGACCGGUAUCUGCUCCUUUGUGCAAGGAGGGACAGGCUGAGUACCGCCAGAGCCCUACAAGGUGACCUCCACUGGUGUGAAUGUAACGUAAGGCCAUCAAAUGAUGCGGCAUCCCUUUCCUUUUAAGUUUUGUGAGCAGUGUGUAGUAAUCUAAAACGGGUAUAAAUGAAUAAAACACGUUUACCCUCCCGUAUUGAAUAUUCCUGUCUGUGAUGCAGACCUGUAAAUGUAGCUGUAGCAUUGCACCGUCUGGGUCUCCAGGUUCAGGGAUUCAUCCUGUAGAAGCUGCCGGUGAAUCUUAAUUAAUUAAAAUAUUGUUUGAAAAAAAAAAAAGUGUGUUUCAGUAGCCCAAUUGGAAAUUGUGUCCUACGUGGAUUAAUUACAGGUAUUAAUUUACUAUAAAAUGAAAGUCUGAUGCAUAGCCUGGCUGUAAUCUCAGCGGUGAUUGAAGGACAAACUGAGCGGUUUGUGUUUUACACGGUGGUUUUUAUGACUUAUCGAGCAGCAUUAACUUUUUUUUUUUUUUUUUUACAUUUUUAUAUUAACGAUGUUGGCUUCAACAGAGGUGAAUGAAUGUCCUUGCAUAACAGAAACUUGCCCUUGUCGUCGUGACGGACUGAACAGCCGACUCCCCUCCGUGCUGC